GUGCACUGAGAAUAGAAUCUGUGGAUUUCAAGUAUAACAUAUCCCAACACAAACAUUGUGAAACAGCUCAGGUUCCGUUUUACUCAAAGCAGACUCAGUUGUUGAAUGACCCAGUUUACUCACCACCAAGAAACAAGUGUGAAUUUUCCCAAUUUACAAGCUACCGCAGUGAAACGUACAACUCCUGUUUGGCAACAGGUCCUUUCUGGAAUUCGAGUGUGAUACUGACCGACGGGGAAUUUGUCACCCGAUCGGUUCAGUUUAUUGCUGAAUUUCGUUGUGUGGAGUAGAAGACCUAAUCAGUUUUCCCGUCUUCCAUCAGAGAUCAAACAAGUCCAUCAAAUUGUUUGAUUCUACUGCUCCCGAACCACUACCAUGUCUGAUAACGAAGGUGCUUCAGAUUCAUCAGAUUUCUCUGAUGGUUACCCAACUACUACAACAAUAAGUACAGUCGCUGUUCAGGCAGGAGAUGCUCGAAUCGUUCUCGCCGUAUUACGAUGCGGCAACUGGAUCAGGGUGCGCAUACAACGCAUGGAACCCGAUCUGUACGAUAUUGGUGCGAACGCAGAUGAGGCAAGAGGACUACUGGAAAUUCACAAUCACUUGUGCGAGAAACUAGUGGUAAAGCAGGAUCAAAUAUCUCAGUUGCUAUCUCGAGCAGAUGAUCUAGUCACACAGCAAACCUCAGAAAGCCAGACACAAGUCUAUGCAGCCAUGGCCGAAUCACUGAAUCGUGCUUGGCGUGACCUACUUGGGGUUUUGACUCAACGGGGACAUCUACUGGAGCUGGCUGUGGAAUGCUACUCCUCUGCUGAAGAUGCAGUAACCCAAGCUCAACAUGUAGAGACGGUUUGUAACAACGCCGGUUGGGGACACGAUGUGACAUCUGUUCAACGCUUGAUUGAUGAACACGAAGCACUCAAAAACGCUUGUCUGAUUGAACCAUCACAUCGAAUGCUGAACGCGGCCAACGCCUUACUAGACUUGUUGGGUCGACUGUCCAAUCAAGCCGGUCCGUCCGGUUCAUGCUCCGCAACCUCAGUCGCUGCGCGCGCCAGUGUGGAAGCUCGCGAACGCAUUGCAGCUGUUACAGCUAAAGGAGGGGCUGCAAGAAGACACGCCGAACUUGUGUGGAAUAGGCGAGACAGACUGCUUCAGCUCAGACUAGCAGUUAUAUCUAUGGAAGCCGAACUUGAACGCAUCGUGGAUUGGUUCGUUAAAGAACUUAUCCGUCCUGUCUUUCUAUUCCCUCAAUCUGCAACGAAGGUCGGAGAACCACGACUUUCUGAGAAUCAGCUUGGUACGAGCCUUUCCGAAUGUCAGUCACAUCUAGAAAAUUUGAUGGCUUUGAUUGAGGAGGUACAAGAAAUGCAAAACAUGCACACUCGUUUGAUGCGACAUCUCCAACAAGCUUCCAGCACACAGCAGAGACCGACCGCUCCGCUGCGCACUGUAUUUGAAACUUUGGAAACUGAACAACAGCAACUGGAAACAGAAUUGCGCCAGGCCUACACACAGUACGGUCUGUUGGAACGUGAGGAAGAAUUAGAUGACGCACACAUGGACAAUGAAGUGACUUGGAAAGAGACGCAUGGAGCAUACGCACAGCUAUCCAGUCGGAUGCGUACCACAGAAGCCUAUAUUUGGGAGUUUCUGGAUCGCAUCGAACACAGGCGGCGUCAACUUCAUACCGGUGUUAUUUACUACAGCGAAUGCAAUGUUCUGGAAGCUGAUAUGAAACAGACGCAUGAAUAUCCACCCAGUGGUCUCGAAGACUCGUUCUUCGAGCGUCUGAACGAUUUGGAGGUUCGAGUCCCCGGACUGCGUCAAACCUUGAGUGAUCUACGUUCAAUUCAAGAUGACAGCUUCGCACAAUCCUCACUCAGAACACAGAUAGGUGUGACACCCUCCGUUGUUGCAUUGGAUCAUGGCGUUUCAUCCGUCCCCAUCAAUGCAGCGACUAACAAACUUAAAGAGAUUGAAGACGGAAUUGCACGAUGUCGCUUGCUCUUUUCCGCCUAUCAGGAACGAAGCAUGAAAGCACAGAAGCGACAAGAAGUAUAUACGAGAAUAGAAAUGUCACCGCUGAUUUAUACCAAUUCCUUCACAUUUACCUUGCAGUUAUCCGAAUGGUUAAAUCAACGUAUCGAGCGCGCUUUGGUCGAGCAUGCGUGUAUGGGCACAACCACAGAACACGUGGCGGACUUUGAGGACUUUUAUCGGCGUUUGGAAAAAGAGUUGGAAUCAAGAGAGCCGGAGCUGGAUGAAGUCAGAGCUGCAGUCAACCGAAUGUCCCCAUCGUCGGAAAAAGCAUCGUUGGAGGUAGUUAGCAAUUUACACGGCACUAUUCGGUUCAACAACCUAAACUCGCAGUGGGAUCGUUCACGCCAGGCUAUCCGCGUAAGGCUCACUCUGGCCGACAAAUUCCUUGCUGUUCUUCGACGAAUCAGAGAGGAUGAGUAUCAACAGAACUUACUGCUCGAACGGAUGCAUCAACUAGAAGGAAUCGACACCUCGGUAACCAGUUCAGAUCUUGCAGGAUCUGUUGGAAUGGAGGGUCCGGAUAAACUGCGCAGUGAAGUCACACUGACUAUCAGCCGCUUGGAGGAUCAGCAAACACUCUUGCGGGAUUAUAUUGACCAGGUUACACAGCGGGCAGACCGCGACCUAAAUACCGCCGAACCUGUGCGAUAUUGCCAGCUCCAACUCGAAUUGAACGCCAGACGAUUGGAACAACUACGAGAAAGCUGGGUCGGUUGCGAACGAUUCUGGGAACAGUGGAAGAUGGCUCGCGAAUAUUGGCUUGCAUUCAAUGAAGAUGCACGACGGCUGGAUGAUUCAAUGGCAGCCUCACUGUCACGAAUGUCACACGCACCACUGCCAAACAAGCCGGUCGAAUGCGACCGUGCAAUGCGGGAACAUCACAAGGAACGAGAAGAUAUCGAUCAUUUAAGUUCAGUCGUUCUCUCACGAGCUGCCCAGUUGGGAAGUAUGAUCGGAGUACGCCCAGAUGACCGAGCGGAAGACGGACGUGGGUGGCGCCUCACUGAAAUCCCAGUUGGACCAGAAACCGGUCUUCCAGCAUCCGCUUUGGGCCGUCGAGUUCGGAGUGAGUUGGCUCUGCAGCUCGCUGGUCUUGAAACAAGAUGGUCAGCCUGGGAUAAAGCAUGGACAACCAGAAGAAUACAGCUUGAAAGACGAGGUCUCCAAGUUGGACGGCUUUCUACCAUCGAAUUAUCAAAAUUCAAUGAGUCGAAUUAUAUAAUCUUUGUUUUCUUUAAGGAACUGGAAGGAGAAGUUGCAGUGGCUGAGGAUAAUCUACAGACCAUCUCCAAAAAAGUCUCUGUCCAGGCCCCCUUGGAACAGGUUGAACAAGCUGAACGAGAUCUGAACCAAUUAGAAGCAACUAUACCCGUAUUGCAAACCCGAGUACGUUCCACUGCCCCCGGCCUGAGAAUGGAACUGAUUCACGGAGAACCAUGUGACACCAGUUUGUCCGAGUUGCCGUUUGACGUGACUGACCGUUAUCAGCAACUGAGUACACGGUUUGAGAAAUUAGCUGAUUCAACCACGCGUUGUCGUGUGGAGCUCAACUUGACCUUGAGACUCUUACGCGCAGUGAAGGUGGCGGACAAUGCCUUGUCCCAACUGACAAUCAGCUUGGAUGGAGCGAAGAAACGGAUUCACGAAAUUCCACCAGAAGAUCGCGUGGCGACUCAACAGUUUCGCUCAGAAAUCGAGGAGCAACUCGUUCGUGGUCAAGCCUUGGCAGAUAUGCACAUUCCUACUUUGGAGCAGCUCGCUGCGCAACACCCUCGAACUGUUGAGGCACGUGAACGCAUCCAACCAACGGUCCUCGGCUUUGUCUCCACCAUUGAUGAGCUUCAGCGUGUAUCGAACGAGAUUCGUAUACGAUCAGAACAGUCUGUUUACCUGAUCAGACCCACAGGUACUUCACUCGAUAGCGACACAACGACGACCCGAUUGAUCAGCCCGGCUUCUCCAAGACCCUCCGGUCCAGUGAUAACCAAGCCUCUGAGGAACAUGUUUACGGAUGAGGGAAUAACCGUCCUGCUGACGACGGAGUUUCAGUCUGGAUUGCCUCAAGAUGCUAACCCUUAUGAUCAACAGCAGCUACAGGCCAUCUGGUUCAAAGACGGUCAGCAGGUGGUCACACCUGACUACGAACCCCGAUUGACACCAACCACUGCAGAACUUCGGAUUGGCGAAACCUUAUCAGAGGAUACCGGUCUAUUCAUCUGUUGUAUUCGUACACCGUAUGGACAAGCGGAAACAUCAUGUAACUUGGUCGUCAACGAAACACACAGUCCUGUUUCAACCAGACCUGUGGCCGAUGAGUCCGCUGUUAGGCCCUCAAAACGUGCAAGAUCGAGUCGUCCACCCGGUCACAUGACCGGGCCACCCAGAUUCGUGAGAGAACUCACAAACCAGACUAUUCGCGAGCCAGAAGAAUUGAACUUGCAAUGCCAGGCAGUUGGUGAACCAGUCCCUCAGCUUCAGUGGUUCAAAGAUGGCACAUCUAUUCAAGCGAAUCCCGAUUACAUGAUCACCGAAUUAGCAGGUGCUGGAUCCGUGAAGGUUCGCCAAACACGCAUGGUAUCGCAUGAGGGCACCUAUACAUGUCGGGCGAAAAACGUGGUGGGCGAGGCGGUCACUAAGUGUAGAGUGACAAUACAUCCCGGUUCGCCACCAAUCAUUGUCACACCGUUGAGAGACAAACAGCUUGUCGAAGGUGAAAAGUGCCAGAUGACAGUUCGGUACAAGAGUUCAACUCCCGCAACAGUUGAAUGGUAUCAUAACGAUCGUCCAAUACGAGAUGAUGGUGUCCGUUAUCGAAUCACGCAGGAAGGGCCGGAAGUAACUAAUCUGACUUUGCCUAAGGUGACUAGCGAUCAAAUUGGAGAUUACAUGUGCGUUGUACGUAACCCCAUUGGUGAAGCUUCUACCAGUAACUACUUGCAGAUUCACCCCACGGAAACACCACGCACAGAAUCACCUAUUCCAUUGGAUGAGUUACUUGAUCAGUAUCGCUCUCGUCCCCCCGAACGACCAGCUGCCCCAAAACGACCUUACGACUUGGCUGCAGACUUUGACGAGGUUUUCGAACCACAGAAAACACGAAAGACUUUUGGACCUUCGGUGGUCAAGGAAGAUUUCGUGGUCCCACUAUACGCCAAAAGAGAGCGAAUACCGUCGCUUCCAGCUAGACGUCAACCCGGGGAAUUCCCACGAGCCACUUCGGUUCCAGUCACUGAAUCGUCUGUCAUUUACACGGUACGAAAACCUGCUCGAUCUCGCCCAAGCUCGAUGAUCGGGGAGCCCCCGAUAAUCGUGCAGCCGUUAAAGAAUGCGGAGACGACGGAUGGAGAAAAAAUCAAGAUGGACUGCAUAAUUACAGGCCAUCCACCACCUACAGUCACCUGGUACAAGAAUGGAGUUCUUUUACCACAAUCCAAUUCGCUCUUCGUCAGACAAGAAGGGGACAAGCACAGUCUCAUCUUCUAUGACAUCUUGUUGGAAGACCAGGGUGAAUACACGUGCGUUGCUGAAAAUCCCUAUGGUCAAGUUCGCACUUCAUGCCAUAUGGAUGUAGAACCCAUCUCAGAUGGGGAGCAACCGGUGGAUCGUCCACCAGAGCUGGUAAAACCCUUGCCAACCCAAAUGCAUCUACAGGACGGAAGUGAUUUGCGACUUGAAUGUAUUUUCUCAGGAAGGCCUACUCCGUCUGUUAUUUGGCUUAAGGAUGGAACUCCAGUUCCAGCUUCAGCAAACUUUCAACACUAUGUCAAAGUGCUGCUAAAUCCAGAUCCUUAUUGCACAAUGACUCCCCCGCUUUCUCCACAGCCUUCGCAGGAGGGCGGCGUCGCCCGCCUCUAUGUGCCUCGAGUUCAACUUGCAGAUUCUGGGGUCUAUCGGGCUGUUGCCACAAAUCCAGUUGGGAGUUGUCGCACCACCGUUUACUUGCAAGUAUUACCAAAACCAAUAUCCCCAAUGCCAUCGCCACGUAUUCAACCAACUAAGCCCUUGAAAGUAUGCGGCGGACCAGAGUUCACUCGGAUUUUUAAGGAUAUCUACAUAGAAUCACAACGACUGGAAGAAGUUGUACUAGAAUGCACAGUGAUUGGUGUUCCACAGCCGACCGUCUACUGGACUCACAACGGCCUCCUGAUCACCGGAGAUGAUCAACGCUAUGUCCCUGUGCAAGGACCAGGGCCUGAUGAUCACUGUCUCAUAAUUCGCCGUCCGGACAUUUGGGCUGCAGGUCGUUAUCAAGCAGUUGCUGAAAAUAUCCACGGGCGUGCCACAUGUUCAGCGGUCGUUAACCCCGUAGUAUAUAGCCCAACAAUGGGCAGUCGUCCACCGUCCUUAUGGAGUCUCAGCCGUAGUACCCGACAACGUGCUGUGUACACACGUGAAACUUCCGUGCCUGUAUCGCCAGCAGCAACAGCACCACCAUUAUCACCGCGACCAAGGACGAUGGUUCAAGUGCCAACGAUUGUCCCGAGACUGCAACGCGAGACAUCUGCACCACCGUCGCAACAAUAUUUGACCAGCCAUCACCUUCAUCUCGUCCCUGGGCAGACACUCCACCGANUUGUCCCGAGACUGCAACGCGAGACAUCUGCACCACCGUCGCAACAAUAUUUGACCAGCCAUCACCUUCAUCUCGUCCCUGGGCAGACAACUCCACCGAUACAGGUGACCUUCCCUUUGCCUAGGGAAAGACGGUCACUGAGCCGUAGUGAGAUCACACACACUCUGGAGCCUCGGUUGCCUGAGCCAGUUAAACGUUAUAGCAGCACACAAUACUUGAGCAGACUUCAGUAUACUCGACAAGCGACUACAACGACUUCGACCCUCUCGAGGCGUGUUUCAAGUCAGCCACGGUUGGAGCCAGGGUAUUCAUCCGAGGAAGAACAUGAGCACCCGAUUACAGCCACUCCAUAUGUUCGUCAUUACAAAACUCGAAUGGAACGGUCACUGACAGCCAAGCCCCGUCUACGGCCAGGAUAUCGAAGUGAAAUGGAACAUAAACAGACGUUCAGUGUGACUCCAAUGGUACCCGAAUACCGAACUACAAUUGAACAGUCUCUCCCCAGUGUCCCUAGACUAAAACCUGGAUUUGCUACAGAAGUCGAACGCCCCAUUUCCAUGGAUGUGGUUCCCGUAGUUCCUGAAUACAAAACCCAACUAUCAACCGAAGUCCCAGCCCGUCCACAAGUACAACGUGGUUUUUCUUCGGAACGUGAAUACAUAAGAAGCAUGAGUGUGACGCCAAUGGUUCCGGAAUAUGAGACCAAACUGGAGCACAAGGUUGUUGAACGUCCAGUUUUGGAAGCUGGAUACGCGUCGGAAGGAGAGCACGAACACGCAAUGAACGUGGUUCCACUGGUGCGCAGAACUGAAUAUAAAACGGAGCUUGCCACUGAGGUGCCAUCCAGACCAACAACACAUCCAGGAUUCGCAUCCGAGACCACGGUUCCAAGACCAAUUGAGGUAACUCCAAUGACUACCGAAUACAAGACACGCAUGGAACGAAGAAUGCCAAGUUAUCCAAUUUUGGAAGCGGGUUACUCCUCUGAAGAAGAAUACCAGACCAGAAUGGAAGUUGUCCCUGUGGUCCCACACACCUCCUACCGAACUGAGAUGACAACCGAUUUGACUGCGAAACCGGUAAUGCAACCCGGUUUCGUAUCCGAACAACAGCACAUGCUAACCAUGGAAGUAGUCCCAGUUGUCCCCGAAUUCAAAACUGAGCUUUCCACAGAGGUCCAUGCACGACCACAACUGACAACUGGUCACGAAACACGGUUGGAUUACGAAAGACAACUACAAUGGGAGACAGAAUUGAAACAGUACCAGUCGGCCGUCGCAACGCGGUUGCCAAGUCGACCUUCACUUACCUCAGUCUAUUCAGCCACACUGGAACACGAAACGAGCAUGAAUGUGGUCCCCGUUGUACCGUAUGAUGAACGCUUCACCAGCCACUUCACACAAGAGUUCGCGGUUGAACUAAACAAUAUUUUGGCAUCAUCCGUCUUUCUUCUUUUCUUCUCAUCCAAGUACCGACCUGUCGAUCUCAUCGUAGAAGUGCCAAUACCACCGCAGUUCAUCAAACCACUUUCCAGUGUGAUGGCAUCUGAAGGAACACGGGUUGUUCUUGAUGGAAUUGUCACAGGCACCCCACAACCAAGUAUUUCCUGGUUCAAAGCUGGUCGUCAACUUGAAGACGGUCCAGAUUUGAAGCUCGAAUAUAACGAAGGUCAGGUUCGGUUGACAUUGACAGAAGCAUUCGUGGAGGAUGCUGGUCAGUAUGUGUGUGAGGCACAAAAUGUGGCCGGUCAAGCUGAGAGCAGCGCAACAAUCGUCAUUCAAGCCCGCCUAAUGGCACCGUAUUUCGUCAAAGGUUUGGAAAGUCAGGUGGUUCAAGAGGGUCAGUCAGUGAGAAUGGUGGUCAAAGUGGAUGGUGAACCCCCACCAACUGUGACCUGGACAUACAAUGGAAGAGAAAUCAUAAGUUCGCCCCACUAUAAAAUUGAAGUCCAAGGUGAUGGAGUUCAUGUGCUUGAAAUACCAGAGACUUACUUCCAGGACACCGGACGAUACACAGUGAUUGCGAAGAAUGCAGCUGGCGAGAGCGUGUCUUCUGGACUUCUAACAAUGCAAGAACCGGAACAUCGCACACCCACUCCCCGAAGAGAACUUCAUCAUCGAGAGCUCACUCUUCAGGUAGAAACUCUGCCACAGAUGCCAUUACCUCCGCCUCCCCCAUCAUCGCCGAAAGCGGAGAAACCCCAAUUUACACAGACUUUUUUGCCCGAAAUGGAAUUGCCGGAAGACGAUCGUCUUGUCCUAACUGUAGAAGCCUGGGGUAAUCCCUUACCAUUCAUUCACUGGUUCCAUAACGGUCGCGAAUUGAUGGAUACGCCUGAUCGACAAAUCACGCAAGUCGGGCCACCCCUGGCUAAUCCAAAUGAGAUUCAACCGCACCCGGUCCGCAUGAGCGGUCAGCUGAUCAUCAGCAGGGUCUUAGCCAGUGAUUCAGGACUCUACACCUGUGUGGCAGUCAACCAGGCUGGGCAAGCCGAAGUACUCGGGAACGUCAGUGUCCUGGCAAAGUCGCCGAAACCUUCACCCCCGAUUGAACCAGCUCUGACCCCUCCGAAGUUUAUCCAAUCACCGCCAUUCUCAAUCGAGUCCGAAGUGAAUCAGCCACUUGUACUAACAGCUGAAGCAGUUGGUAAUCCUAUUCCGGACUUGCGAGUCUAUCACAACGGUGUACCUGUCUUAUCUGAUAUCAACCGAACUGUGGAAACUCUCUCGGGCACCGGGAAAAUCCGGAUACAAGUUCACCAGUUCCAACCAACGGAUCAAGGAGACUGGACGUUCGUCGCAUCCAAUUCGAUGGGAACCACUAGUAAAACGAUUCAGUUGACUCCAAGAAAGCCAGUUGCACCAGAACCACCGAAACCCUCUCCGGUGACCUUCACAGUGGUGACCCAACCACCUAUGCUGAGACCCAUGUUCUUGCAACGGUUACCUGAAAAUCUAUCGAUUAAUGAGGAGAAUCCGAUUACCCUGCGAGCUAGAUUUACCGGUCAGCCAAACCCGACGGUGCAGGUACUGCGAGAUGGCAAACCUUUGGAGCAAAGUACGCGUGUGACUUACGCACUCGAAGCCCCCGAUUUAAUUGCCAUCCAUAUAAGUAAACCAAGACCAGAAGAUGAUGGUGUCUAUACCGUUUGCAUAGAAAAUCCUGCUGGAAAAGACAGCUGCUCAGUUUCACUCAAUGUCGUUCCAACAGAGCCACCUCCGUUCGCUAACAUGGCUCCGCCAAGAUUCAUCCGUGGUCCUUUACCCUGGCCAGCGAGUGAAACAGGAGACCUGAUCACGUGUCCAGGCCAACUGGUUUUCCGUGAGGAUCAGCCAGCAAAUUUGGAGGUCGAAGUGACCGGAGAACCAGCACCCACAGUGACUUGGUUCUGCAAUUCCCAGCCAAUUCCCUUGGACGGUACACAUAAGGUAUUUGCUCCUCGAGAACAUAACAGUACCCUGCUUCUCGACACACCAAACGUAGAUACUGAUUCCGGUACCUAUACAUGUGUGGCUACAAAUGCCGUCGGUCAGGCUGCUUUGCAAUUCAACGUUCACAUCAAACCAAGUCCACCGAGUACAAACCCACCCAGGUUUACCGAAAAGCCACCGGAGAAAAUUGUCACACCAAUGGGCAAGCCACUGACCUUGAACGCAUGCGUGGAGGGUUCACCGAAUCCAACACUUAGCUGGCACAGAAAUGGCUUACCCAUUUUCAGCACUUCAGACGGCCGCAUCAUUGUGGAAACUCGAGAUCGUCAGACAACCGUUCGCAUUGCUGCUGUACAACCAGAGGAUCUAACAGACUGGGAGUGUGUCGCGACCAAUAUAGCCGGCACCGCCUCCUCGAAAACAACGUUAACCGCAGAGCAGUACCAAGAGACUAUCGAGAUCAAACCGAAGAAAGUGGAACCGGAACCGCAAGCAACUCCCGCUCGGGCACCCCGAUUCACGCAGUUUCUGCAACCUCUCACUGUUCCUGAAUCAUCCCCGGCAAAGUUUUUCGUUUCCUUUGAGGGUGAGCCAGCUCCACAGGUUUCAUGGUUCCGAGAAGAAAUUAAAUUGGACCUGAUGGCUGAAUAUAAGAUUGUGACAACUGUACACACCAGCGAGCUGACAAUUGAGCAUGUAUCUCCUGAGCAGGCUGGAACUUUCUCAGUUGUACUGACGAAUAUCGCUGGACAGGCAUGUAGUAAAUCUCGUCUGCUCGUUGAGAAACCUCCACAACCCAGUUUUGUCGGUCAGCCACCCAGAUUUGAGUCCCGAUUGAUGGAACCAGUCACCGUGAAGAUCGGUGAACCCGUCACAUUUGAAUGCAAGGUCACUGGUGAACCAGUCCCUCAAGUCUACUGGGAACGCAACGGGGUUCGCCUACCUGCAACGGAAUCUGCUCAUGUUAAGACGUUUGACCAGCCUCCUUACCAUACUCUGGUUCUCUGUGCAGUGUCUCCUGAGGACGCGGCUGAGUACACUUGUGUAGCCGUCAAUCCUCUCGGUCAGGAUAUCUGUAAAGCUCGUGUGUAUGUUGAAGAACCGAUAAAACCUGCCCCAUUGGUUGCUCCAGUUAUCUUUGCCGGUCCAAAGGAUGUCACUGUAAUGGAGGCACAACAGGCCGUACUUGUUGCUCGGGUCAAGGGCACACCAACUCCGGAAGUUACUUGGCUUCACAAUGGCGAAAUCAUCAAACCUUCCAGUUACUUCCAACCUGCUGUGCUUCCCAACGGAGAGGUUCGUCUGGUCAUUUCCAGUGCCUACUUGGAGGAUGCCGGUGACUAUACAGUGCAAGCCAGCAACCCGGCCGGUGAGACAACAGCCACUGCACGACUUACAGUACAGCGUCCAUUGCCCAAGACAGUGUCACCACGCUUCACCAAGCCUUUGCCCACAACUCCGGUUCAACUGACCGAGGGAAUGCCGAUUCAGCUUACUGUCGAGUUUGUCGGUGAACCACAACCUGAAAUCACAUGGCUUCGGAAUGGACAGCCAUUCCAAUCAACCCCAGACUGGACAGUAAGUAUAUUGCAAGAGAUAACCACUGAAGGUCAAACUUCCACUUUGGAAUGUCGGGAAGUCUUCGUAACAGAUUCCGCUGAAUGGACUGUGGAGGCCUCAAAUAGUGUUGGACGAACGCGCACACGAACGCAGCUAACCGUUAUUCCUGUUAAACGAGUUCCCGAACCACCAAAGAAGGAGGAAGCAGCACCAGUUUUCGAAAAACGUUUACAACCCCGGAUGAGAGUUCCACUUCACCAUACGGCAACCCUGCAUUGUGUAGUUUCCGGUCAUCCGGAGCCAAUCAUUCGUUGGUUCCACAACGGCACCGAAUUUUAUCCCGAACUCAUCACCACGACUGAGUCCGAAGGGACUUCAAAGCACGAGUUGCUGAUUGAUCGCACGACACAUUCGUACACUUUGUAUAUUCACGACCUAAAUGCAUUCGAUAUAGGAGAAAUAAUGGUACGCGCAGAGAAUGAGCUCGGCGUCACAGUGUGUCAAACGCAUUUGGAACUGGAAAUCGUAGAUGGGCAAGUAGUCGAGCCAAGAUUUUUGCGUCAACCCCCUGAAAGGGUGCAAGUCAGCCCCGGGGAACCAGCAAGAUUAGAGUGCGAGGUAGAAUCACAACCACCCGUCGCAUUCCGUUGGUAUUUGGAUGGAAUGCAGGUGGAUCGGAAUGUGACGCCGUAUCGUGUAUUAGAGGACACCAAUCGAACAACAUUGAUCAUACCACGUGUAGAACCGACGGGACUACCAACACAGGUGAAAGUUGAGGCUGCCGCUCCAUCAGGAACUAAAAUAGUAUCCACAUCGGUAAUUGAAAUGAUGGCCUCUACUGCAGAAGCUGAUCGACCAAUUCUCGAAGAGGAACACGCUGAAAAGGAUGAAGAAAUUCCGACAUCGCCUCUACGUUUCGGAGUGGAAGUGACUCCGGAAACGCAGGGUGUUGUCAUUCAAUCCACGUCACACACAUCGCAACUGCACAUUGAACAGAUGAGACCCGAGUUGGCCGGUCCGGUCACAGUCCAGGCCGUCCACCCACAAGGUCAACAAGUGUCAAGCACGAGUCAGCUGAAAGUCGCAACACCUGUGACGCUAGCACCGAUGACGGCAGAGACCGUUCAACCGAUUGAAGAGUUUCAGGCUGUGCCCGAAGACCAAAUGCGCUUCACGGAAACAGAAGCGCCCGAAAUGCAACCAAAGCCUGAGGAGUACAAAAUCGCUCCGCAAUUUGUCCAAACUCUACCCAGCACAGUCACGCCAGCGAUUGGCGCCACGGUGGCGUUGGAAGUUAUUGUGACAGGACAGCCACAACCAGAUGUCCAAUGGACAGUGAGCUCUCCGCAGACGUCCAGUAGGUGUGAGAUCGUGCCAGCCGAGGAAGUCGAUCAGGUGACCACACACCACCAAUUGUUGAUUCAUGACGUCAAAACAGACGAUUACAGAACGACCGUACAAGUGGUGGCCACGUCGGAGAUUGGUCAGGCAACGUCUGUGUGCCAGUUAGAGGCGCCCGCUGAAAGACUCGAAUUCACCAAGACUCUGAGCCCAGAGCUCGAGGUUGCCGAGGCCACACCUGUGUUAUUGGAGUGCGCGGUGCAACCUACACCUACUCCAGUGGACUUCAACUGCCACAACCAGAUGUCCAAUGGACAGUGA